AUGGCGAUCGACCACGAAUCCCCUUUCAAAGAGCUCAACCUCAAGAACAGACGAAUCACGGGCGGCGGAGCGCUGGAGGACGACAGCCGGUGGCCUCGGUGGUUGCGGCCGCUGCUGGCGACGCGUUUCUUCGUCCCGUGCAAUCUCCACUCAUAUUCCCCCCACAAGAGAGAGUGCAACAUGUACUGCCUCGACUGCGCCCACGCCGCUCUCUGCUCCCUCUGCCUCGCCCACCACCGCGACCACCGUACGAUCCAGAUCCGGCGGUCGUCGUACCACGACGUGAUCAGGGUCUCGGAGAUACAGAAGGUGCUGGAUAUCGCCGGCGUGCAAACCUACAUCAUCAACAGCGCCCGCGUCGUCUUCCUCAACGAGCGUCCGCAGCCGCGCCCAAGCAAGGGAGUCGCCAGCACCUGCGAAAUCUGCGACCGGAGCCUGCUCGACUCCUUCCGCUUCUGCUCGCUCGGCUGCAAGAUCGCUGACCCCGGGAGGAAGAAAUCAAUUGCGGCUUCGUCGUCCGCGACGAGCUCAAGUGAUCGAGGGAGCGAGAAGAGCCACGUGACGCAGAGCUUCCCGGCUGUCUUCCCCCCAUCGUCGGCGGCGUCUGUCGCCGUCAGCCACCCGCGCGUCAAGAGGAGAAAGGGCUUUCCCCAUCGUGCGCCAUUUUGA